AUGUUCGAGUAUAAGCCGAGUGCACCGGUCACCAUCAUUCAGGGCUCCCCUUUGGAGAGCUGGAAGGAAGAGCGGACCCGGAGCGAGGAGGACAACGAGCUGAACCUGCCGGGCCUGGCCGCCGCCUACGCCACCAUCCUGCGCGCCCUGGGCGAGGACCCGCAGCGCCCGGGGCUGCUCAAGACCCCGUGGCGGGCCGCCACCGCCAUGCAGUUCUUCACCAAGGGCUACCAGGAGACCAUCACAGAUGUACUAAAUGACGCCAUAUUUGAUGAAGACCACGAUGAGAUGGUGAUUGUGAAGGACAUCGACAUGUUCUCAAUGUGCGAGCAUCACUUGGUUCCAUUUGUUGGAAAGGUAACUUUAAUCAACUCCCCCCAACCACCCCUGUCCUUCCUUAGGAAACAGAAAGCCGAGGUCCAAGGUUCUAAACUUG